GUCAACCUACACCACCAAGCAUUUCCUCUACCUAUAAAUACCCGUCUCCUUUUCGUCCCUUUUCCUCUUAUUUCAAAUACAACACAAUCCUUCUAACUCACCCACUGUCUGUAAAUCCUUCACUCGUUCUCCUUCUCAACAUCACACUCUCACUAAUAACAAUUAACUCAACUCUGUCCUUCAGUGGCUACUUUCGGUUCUGCCGCUGCUGCUACCAAUCACAACCCUAACAAAUCCUUCGAGGUGGCUUAACCUCCCAGUGAUUCUGUUUUGAGCCUUAGUUUCAGUCCCAAGGCCAAUAUCUUGGUUGCGACUUCAUGGGAUAAUCAGGUACGUUGUUGGGAAAUUUCAUGCAGUGGAGCUAAUGUGGCUAGUGUUCCCAAGGCAUCAAUUUCACAUGACCAACCGGUUUUGUGCUCAGCAUGGAAGGAUGAUGGAACUACUGUCUUUUCUGGAGGAUGUGACAAGCAGGUGAAGAUGUGGCCUCUGCUGUCUGGUGGUCAACCAGUAACUGUGGCCAUGCAUGAUGCGCCAAUUAAAGAGGUUGCCUGGGUUCCAGAGAUGAAUCUACUUGUCACUGGAAGCUGGGACAGGACUUUGAAGUACUGGGAUACAAGACAGUCAAAUCCUGUGCACACUCAACAGCUACCUGAUCGCUGCUAUGCACUCACAGUGAGGCAUCCCCUGAUGGUUGUUGGCACUGCAGAUAGAAAUCUAAUUGUCUUUAACUUGCAGAACCCACAGGCUGAAUUUAAAAGAAUUCCUUUACCCCUGAAGUAUCAGACAAGAUGUGUAGCUGCCUUUCCUGAUCAGCAAGGUUUUUUGGUUGGUUCAAUUGAGGGAAGGGUUGGUGUACACCAUCUAGAUGAUUCACAGCAAAGUAAGAAUUUCACAUUCAAAUGCCACAGAGAUGGCAAUGAUAUAUACUCAGUCAACUCUUUGAACUUCCAUCCUAUAAGUUACCUUUGUGCUUUCUGUUUUUAUAUGAAGUUUUAAGUAUUUGGUUGACAGCAUGACAUUGUUACUGGUUUAUUAAAUUUUUUUUUUUAUCACGUUGAGAUAGGAUAGGAUGGACAAUAGUUUUCUAUGGAGAAAUAGAUUUUUUUUUUUUUUUUAAAUCUAUCUAGAGAAUUGACAUUUGGAGUUAAUUUUUUGUCUAUAUUCAUCCUUUUUUGUUGGAAGCUAAACAUAUCAUUUGUGAUCUAUAUUUGCCAGAAAUUGUAAUGCUGGAGCAGUAGUUUAUUUUAUUCUAAGUGUAACAGUGCAGCAGAGUUUUACCAA